CAUGCGCAUGUUUAUCGUCAAUGGAAAAAAAAAAAGGUCACGAACUCUGACCCUUUGACCAAGAGCUGCAAAACAAACAAACAAACAAAAAAGCAACAAAACAUUUUUUAAGAGGGGGAUAGCAAAGAAUAUAUUUCAAAUAGCGGCUUGUGUCCAAGUAAAAUAAUCUAAUUUGUGAGUCUUGAGGAGUCUCGGUUAUUCCGGUUCCAUCCGAGGGGCGGGAGCGCUUGGAAACAACCCGGCUGCCAUUGGCUUCCUCCUAACUUACAGCUAACAGCUAGCACGUUAGCACGACGCCAAGUGUGGCGACCAGAUGGAGCACUGAGGCGGGGCGCAGCGGGAAGUCGACGUGUGCCGGCGGCUUGAGUAUGGAUGGGCAGACUCAGAGGAUACAGCUUGUGUCAGCAGAUAGCACCAUGUCAAUGGGACACCGAAUUCAGGUUGUGACCGACCCGCAGACUGGCCAGAAGAUCCAGAUCGUCACAGCGCUGGAGCCGGCGUCUCCCGUCAAGCAGCAGUUCAUCCUGGCCAAUGCCGACUAUUCCUCCGGCGGGAAGGUGAUCCUGGCCAAGCGGGACGGCUCCCCCAACAAGGUCAUCCUCGCCACCCCGGACAGCUCGGGGGCUAACCGGCUGCUCUUUGCCUCUCCUGAUCUGUCUGGGUCGCAGAUUCAGUUUGUAACCGAAGGCUCAGACCAGUCUUUUCCCAAGCCCAUCGUUGAGUACUGCGUUGUCUGCGGAGACAAGGCCUCAGGACGCCAUUAUGGAGCCGUCAGCUGUGAGGGCUGCAAGGGCUUCUUCAAACGCAGCAUCAGAAAGAACCUGGUGUACACGUGCAGGGGCUCCGGCGAGUGCGCCAUCAACAAAAUCCACCGAAACCGCUGCCAGUACUGUCGACUGCAGCGUUGCAUCGCAGUGGGCAUGAAACAAGAUUCUGUGCAGUGCGAAAGGAAACCAAUGGACGUCCCCACCAGGGAGAAGUCUGUCAACUGUGCGGCCUCCACAGAGAAGAUCUACAUCCGCAAGAAUCUGUGUAGUCCGCUCGCCGCCACGCCCACCUUUGUGUCAGACAAGGAGACUUCCAGGUCGACGCAUUUGCUGGAGUCGAGCAUGUUGCUCAACAUCCAGCAACCCUUCCCCAAGCUAGAAAACACCAUCUUGAUCCCAGCGUCACCGGAAAAGCACGACGACCCUUCGCAAGGGGACCUCGGCACCCUGGCCAACGUGGUGACCUCCCUCGCGCACCUCAACAAGGCGAUAGAGGUCAGCGACGGUGGCGGCGAGCUGGUCGGCGUGGAAACGCUCAGCAACGGCGACAGCUCCAUGACGGACAUGCAGGAAGACGAGCAAAGCGACAUCAGUAGAGCCUUUGACACGCUGGCCAAAGUUCUGCACUCGGGCGACGGCUCGUCGGUGACCGACCUGGAGGCCACCAUGCAGCUGAUGUCGGGGGACCAGUCGGGCCCGGUGAUGGAGCUGGAGGGUUCGCUGCUCUCCGAUAGCCAUUUUCCUUUCAAACUGAUGAUGCCCGUGCCCGUGCCCGAGUACCUCAACGUCAACUACAUCUGCGAGUCGGCCUCGCGCCUCCUCUUUCUCUCGAUGCACUGGGCGCGCUCCAUACCUGCCUUCCAAGCCUUAGGCAGCGGUCAGGAGGAAAACGACAUCAACCUGAUGAAAGCGUGCUGGAACGAGCUGUUUGCUUUGGGUCUGGCGCAGUGUUCCAACGUGAUGAACGUCGGAACCAUCUUGAGUGCCAUCAUCGGCCAUCUGCAGACCAGCCUGCAGGAAGAGAAGCUUUCCCAAGACCGGGUCAAGCUCGUGAUGGAGCACAUCUGGAGGCUGCAGGAGUUCUGCAACAGCAUGACCAAGUUGUCCCCGGACGCUUACGAAUACGCCUUCCUCAAAGCCAUCGUUCUCUUCAGUCCCGAUCACCCGGGAAUCGAUAAUACGCUGCAGAUUGAGAGGUUCCAGGAAAAGGCCUACGUUGAGCUGCAGGACUACGUCACUCGGGCAUAUCCAGACGAUUCUUACCGGCUGUCCAAGCUGCUCCUGCGGCUCCCGGCGCUGCGUCUGAUCAGCGCCGCCGUCACCGAGGAGCUUUUCUUCGCCGGCCUCAUCGGCAACGUGCAGAUCGACAGCAUCAUCCCGUACAUCCUCAAAAUGGACUCCACCGACUACAACAGCCAGUCACUCCCCGUGGUCUGACGCCUUCCCCCGACCCCACCCGGAGACUUCCCUCUUUAGCGUUUCGAAAUUCUGGAGCGUUCCAGCCGGCCUCCGGCCACCACGUGGUCACCGCGUCGUCUUAUUUAUGUGGACCCUCCCGAAAUGGCUCAGAGCCUUUCCAAGGUAAGAAGAGUCCGCUUGGGUGUAAAAGUGGCAGGCGCAAUCAGGACUGAACCAUUCUUAUUGUAGAGUGCGCCUUUUACUGUACAUAAACUAGGAUUUUAUGCGUCA